UAAAAUAUUUGAACGGCGGCAAGCCUGGGCUGCGGGCGUUGAGAGCGCGGGUCGUCGUUAACAGUUGGCUGCGGAAGUGUUGUCUCCGGAGCUGGCUGGAUUCCCCAAGCAGCAAUGGCGGGGGGCACAAAGGACCAAGCAAUGCUGAAGAUGAUAUGCCCAGUGAGGCUGGAAGAGGAAAUACAGAAUCAAUGUAGGCAAUUUCUUGAUAAUGCUGACAACACAGACUUUUUGUGGAUGGAUGAGAUUAUUGAAGAGGCACAAAAGAUGUUCAGCAGCAACAGCUUCAAUGAAGGACAGCUGCUGAUGCCCAAAACUCCAUCGCAGAGAAAUCGCCCGAAAAAAAGCCGUGCUUCAUCUGCUAAGCAUGAACAGUUUGCCAGAAAGAGGUUAUCAAAAAGAAAUGGUAGCCAGGCAUCUUCUAAACGAGGUCUGCAACACAAAACAGAUCUGGACAUUUCCAAAGGUGAUACAGGGAAUAUCUCACCUUGUUGUCGUGUGACUAGGUCUCGGGCUGCCAGGUCAGCCAGGCCCUCGGAAGAUUCUCUUAAGAAUGCUACUGUUCCUUUGGCGAAAGGGAGGAUACCACUGGUAGAAAUCAGUGCUAAUGAGAGGCACAGUGCUGAACUUUACUUCAAAAAAUCUCCACCCCCAGAAAAAAAGGUUGCACUGAGCAUCCCAUCCCCAUUGUUAUCUCAAGAGUCCUUUACAAACAGAGAAAAACCUCUGACCAGGGUGUCUUUGAUUGUGAUCCCAGAUACUCCUGAAGCACAAAUAAAAAAAGAGGGGCGAAGAGCUUCCAAACUGAAAAUUGCUAAUGGAUCGGUUGCCAAAACCACUAAAAGUAAAGAACCCGUGACAAAUGAGAAGAUCGCAUUAUCUCAGCAACAAGAAAAUUUGCAGCCUUCUGAUACGGAAGUCAAGCAGAACUUCAGUGAGGAUCCAUGGACGCCUCGAAAAUCAAAAGGAAAACGUCAGUCAGUACGGCGAAGCCUAACGGGCAGGCCAUCCCAGAACGGCAACAUCUCUCUGGUUGCACGAUGCUCACUAAGCGCUAAAAGGAAAAGAGCAGCCCGGCAAUCGAAAUCUCUUACCAAGACUAUGUUGAAACAUAAAGCUUGCCAACAAUCAUCCAGUGCUCGUGGGCACUCAAGCUCUCCAGCAGCUGUGCAUUCAGAAGAUGAAGAAACAGCAACUGAAUCUGUGCCAGAGCUAGAUCCUUCUUCUGAUUCUCAAGGGCAGGCUAUUGAAAUCUUGAGAACGUCACUACAUUCACAGAAGGCAAGCAUGACUGCAAAUCUCCAGGCUCAAGAAGAUCAGCAAAAAGGAGAACACAAGGUGGGAAGCCCUGAAAAGUGUGAAGAAAUUCAAAAACCAUCCCAGAAUGUUGGGAGACAAGCAAGCUAUAAAAGAGCACUUGGUGAUAUAGAGGAUGAACAAGAGAAUCUGUCUCCACCAAGAAAAAAGGUUCCGUCUCCUUAUCUUGCGAGCAAGGUCGUCCGUCCAUUCAAGACAUUUUUGCACACAGUGCAAAAGAACCAAAUGCUUAUGGGAACCCCAUGCUCUGUGAGCCGAAACAGUACAGUAAAAUCAUUCCUCAAGCAAAACACUCCUUUAAGGACCACUCCCCAGGGAGGGUUUGUUGAAAAGGAGAGGCAACGCCUGGAAAAUCUUAGGAAAAAGGAAGAAGCUGAAAAAUAUCGAAAACAGAAACUGGAAGAACAGAAGAGGAAGCAACAAGAAGAGAUGAGGCGGAAACGUGAAGAGCGGCUUCGCAAGGCGCAGCAGACUCGAGAGCGGGCAGAACAGAAGGAGGAAGAGAAGAAAAAGCGGCUUGAGCAAAAGCUGGCUCAACAUGAGGAGAAAAAUGAGAAGGUGCGAGAGGAAAAAUUAGCAGAAGACAAAGCUAAGAAGAAAGUGGCUGCUAAGAAGAUGGAGGAAAUUGAAGCCCGGCGCAAACAGGAGGAAGAAGCCCGCAAACAGAAAGCUCUGCAGCUGGAGGAGGAGGAACGUAGGCAUAGGGAGCUAAUGCAGAAGAGGAAAGAGGAGGAGGAGCAGGAGAAAGCACGAAAGGCUGCAGAGCAGCGUCAGGCAGAACUAGAGAGGAAGAAAAAUCUGGCUGCUGAGAGAGAACUGCAGAAGAAGAAGGAGCAGGAAAAGCUGCAGGCACAACGGGAAUAUGAACGACAAGAGAAAGAGAAGGCAGCACACUUGCACAAAGAAGUUAUAGCAGCAGCGAAAGAGAAGGAGCGUCUCAGAAAAGAGGAAGAGGAGAACAAAAGGAAAAGGGAACAGUUGAAUCAAGAAGAAGAACAACAGGCUGCAGAGACCAAGACUGCUGACAGACAAUUGAAUGUGACAGUGGAUAUUGAGAACUCACCUUGUAAUUCAUAUGAGAUGACACCACAGAGCCACAAGCAACCCAAGAUUAACAUUAACGAUUAUGGGAUGGAUUUGAAUAGCGAUGACUCAACAGAUGAUGAAAGCCAACCCCGCAAGCCAAUCCCUGCAUGGGCCUCCGGAAAUCAACUCAGCCAAGCAAUCAUUCACCAAUAUUUCAAUCCUCCGAAUGUCAAGAGGUUUUUUGGUGUUGUGAGAAGUCCCAACUUGGAAGAAAUCUUCUAUAAGAGCAAACCACGCUAUUUUAAACGCACCAGUUCUGCAGUAUGGAACUCUCCACCAAUUCCCGGUGGCAAAUCUGUAGCAUCUAAUUUCAAGAGAUGGUGAUACAUUUCAGAGCUGUUUGAUAUUUUACAUGUGUAACUGUUUUUCCUUAUAAUAUUAAUAAAUGUUUUAUAUUCAAAACA